GUGUGUAUCGCUUGUGCAAGGCAGACGUACGUUACAUUUGUCUUACGAAAACAAUUAAAAAAAGUGCUGAAAUAGUGAAGUGACCUAUAAGAUACCCGUGUCAAAUAACUCUGCAAGUCCAAAUUUAAGAUUUGUGCUAUAGAUAGCUCGAAAAUCAGUGGCCAACAUGUAAUAAUUAGUGAAAUGGUUUAUUGGACAUGAUCGUUUUACCGUUCAAAAUUCACGCACACAUAUACGUGGUGUGCGCACAUGACGGCAGUGUUGCUAGCCUCGGCAGGACUCGGUGACCAAUAGUGUGUUCGUUAGUACUCGGCAAGACUCGGUGCCCAAUUAGAAUAGCGGGCGCAUUUGGAGACCAAUCAGAAUUCUUGCUAAGUUUCGGAUAAGCUCGGCGUUACUCGGCGUCAAAUUAGCGUUGAGAAUAUCAUUUGGACAAUCUCGGUAGUGCAUAAAACCCAAUCAUCAACAAGAUAAGCAUCGGCAUAGCUCGGAUAUGCUCGUAGACCUAUUAGCAACGAGAAAGACUCGCAGCAACUUCAAGAAGGAUUAGUCGUGAAUAUUCGGUAUAGCUAAGAAACUCGUUUCGCUUAGCUAUUGGAUGAUUGCUUCGAUUCGGAAAUCGUCCGCUAGACUUGGGAGCGAAUGAACAUUAAGGACGAUUUGUCACAUUAUUUAAAAUACCUAAAUAUUAAAAUGGAUUGUUUCGCGUGCCCCGCUAAAAUUAUUAAUAAUUCUGAACGGCUGACAUGCUACUCAUGUCAAAAAAACUGUCACUAUCUGUGUCUUGGUAUGUCCGAAAAUACAUAUGAAAGCAUGAGUGAAGAGUUUAAACGAGCGUGGCGGUGUCCGUCCUGUGCUAAUGUUACUCUUAGGCGAAAGAACGAUAACACACCGGUGCGCAAAUCAUUUGAAACAAUGUCUGAUAAUACAAAUAUGUCCAUAGAUGACUUACUUCAAGAAGACACAGAAAGAAGCAUGUUUGGGGACACAAUAGGAACGCAACAAUACCAAACUACAAAUCAGGAACGGGAAACAGUUACAAUCGACCAAAUUAGCACUCUUCUUGACACCAAACUGAAAGCUAACUACGACAAAAUCGUUAGCAAUUUGACUGGAAUAAUACAAGCCCAAAUUAAUUUAGGUAUCGCAAAAAUUAGCGACGAUUUUACUCAAACGAACAACUCAAUUAUAUCUAAACAACAAUAUUUCGAACAGCAAUUACAAAAGACGCAAGAAAAAAUCAAUUUAUUAGAAACCGAAAAUUAUGAGUUAAAGAAAGAGCUUAAGGACAUUAAAAAUAUUCUGGAGACUAAAAAUGGUACAAAUUUGCAAAAAACCGAUAGUGACACCAACAAAAGGACAUUAGUUUUAUACGGCCUAGACGAGUAUUAUAGAGAAUCAGAAGAAGACGUAAUUACCCGAAUUAACUACUUGUUUCAAGACUUACUAAGUAUUGACAUAAAUGGUUAUGUAGAAUCAGUUAAACGGACCGGGAGAAAAGGGAACCGUCGCCCUCUUAUUAUAGAAUUAAUAAGUAAUCGAAUGAAAAAAUAUAUUCUUAAUAAUUCACACUGCUUCAAAUAUUCAGGAUACUCUGUAUCGGCUAUUUUAGACAAAGAAGGACUUGAGCGACGUUAUUAUUUACGAGAGUGCCUAAAAACUGCCAGGCAUGAGGGCAAACAUGCAAUAAUGCGAAAUAAUAAGCUGUACAUCAAUGGAAAAGAACAUUGUCCGGUAUCGUACAAGCAGGUUACACAAGACACAUUAAAAAAUACAAACGUGCAUAUUUCAGCGGAUGCUCUGAACUCAGAGAGCGAACGGAGUGCGCAGAGCCUGUCGAGCGAACGAGAGAAAAACUCUAUAUCUACGGUCAUAGAGCAAAACUCUACAUCUGGGCAGAACCCGAAGAACUCGCAAGCCGCGGAGAGCGUAUGCAGUGAUUUAUUUACUGACAGUUUUAGAGACAAUAAUAGCAAUUCCGUAAAGAAUAACCACACAAAUAAUUUAUUUCGUAAUCAAUAGUAUUUCCGUAUUACACCAAAAUAUCAAUGGGCUUGUAAACAAAGCUGAUUUAUUAAGUGUGCAUUUACUGGAGCUUAUGAAGUCUGAUAGUCCAAUAGAUAUCAUAUGUAUAACGGAGCAUAAUAUGAAAUUGGGUGACGAAAGCCAGCUAUUAAUUCCUAACUUUAAACUUGCCGCUUUUUUCUCUAGGGAAAAUAGAAAUGGCGGCUCUUGUAUAUUAGUAAAAAGCACGCAUGCAUUUAAAACAUUGGAUAACAUCUGCAGUAAAUCUAUUACAAAUGUUUUGGAAUGUUCGGCAAUAGAGCUUAUAGAGCAUAAGAUUGUAAUUUUAUGUGUUUAUAGGGUACCAAACACAGAUCUAAUAAUCUUUUUGGACACAUUAAAUAUCAUUUUAAGAGAAAUUUGUUACAGUCAGAAGAAAAUUAUCAUUUGUGGUGAUUUCAAUAUAGACACCUUAAAACGGACCAAACAUUCAAUCGAUUUUAAAAAUUUACUUAGUAGCUAUAAUCUCAAACUAGGAAUAACGGAACCAACGCGAUUGCAGAGCAAUACCUGCAUUGAUAACAUCAUCCAUAAUGUGCGAAAUGGUAAAGCAACAGUAAUAGAAAUGGUUUUAUCCGAUCAUACAGAGGCCUCGAAGCGGCAGACCUCUAGGAACAAGCGAAUUUUCAAAAACGAUAUAUUUACCGUUAAAACUGGGGUACAUACGCGGCUAAAGUGGAACGAACU